UUCCGCCUGGUGGCUGGAGACAGCGGAUUAUGUCCCUCUAACUUCGGCGGUGCGCUCUCCACAAGGCGCAUCAUUCAAUAGAUACGCGCUUUUUCUCCUCGGGGCGCUUUUUAGACAUCAGAGGGGGUGACAACAAGUGACCAAAACGUGGGAUAUGACCGUGGACGAGGAUAUGGAUAUGGAGGAGUUUAUCCCCCAGAAGGAGAUUGUGUAUAACGGCCUGCUGCCUUACCGUGAGCGGCUGGACCCGGAGGCCACGGCGCUGCUGGCGGACAUCAAGAGCAACCUGUGCAGGGCGGUGCUGCUCAGGGAGCUGUGGCCCGGGGCCGCCUUCUGGUGCAGGAAACUCUUCUCGUUUCUGAAGCUGUACGGCCGGAGGUUCAGCAAAGAGGACCACAUCUUCUUCAUCAAGCUCCUCUAUGAGUUGGUCACCCUCCCAAACCUGGAGCCGCACAUGAUGCAGUGCUACGCCAGGCUGCUCAUUCAGCUUCUCAAGAAGAAGGAACUGCUGUCAAGGGAUGAACUACAGUUGCCAUGGCGACCACUCUACGAAUUGUACGAAAGAGUUAUCUACUCCAAGACUGAGCAUCUGGGGCUCAUCUGGUUCCCCAACUCAGUGGACCACAUUUUGAAGGCUUUGAUCAAAAGCUGCAGACUAUAUUUCCCCGCAUCAUGCACCAAGGAGAUGCUGGAUGAGUGGCGCCCCCUGCUGUGCGUGUUCGACGUGGUGAUGCAGAAGGCCGUCAGCAACAUGGAGCUGUUCCUGCCCACCAUCAUGCCCCCGGAGGAACACAGCCAGGGCUUCCAGUUGUGGUUUGAUGAGUUAAUGAAUCUUUGGAUCUCAGUGCAAAAUCAGCCAAGCUGGGAAGGGCACCUGGUGAACCUGUUUGCUCGCCUCGCCAACGAUAACAUCGGCUACGUGGACUGGACUCCUUAUAUUCCCACAAUCUUCACUAGAAUCCUGCGCAGUCUGAACCUUCCAGUAGGGGUCAGUCAGAUGGUGGCGCCAAGGUAUCUUACCAACGCUUAUGACAUCGGAUACUUGGUUUUGUGGAUCACAGCUCUUCUGGGUGGACCAGGAAACCCUGCACAAAAAGAACUGACCUGCCUCUUCAACAGCAUCGCCUCCUUCUACCACCCCUCCAAUCACGGUCGCUGGCAGGGUCGACUGAUGCGACUGCUCCAGCGUCUCCCGGCGAGUGUCGUGCGCCGCGUGCACCGGGAGCGUCACGCUGCACCCAGCUGGAUCACACUGGUCCCUGAGUGUGAGAGGCUGACAGACGCAGACCUGCAGGACUUCACCCGCAGCCUCACUGGGGCCGCCCUGCUGGCCAUGUUCAGUAAAACUGGCAGCACAGAUGCAGCCUACGCUCUUCAGAACCUGGCUCUCCUCACACCUGAACUCGCUAUACCACCCGUACUGGAAAAGACCUAUGCUGCGAUGGAGACCCUGACGGAGCCGCACACCCUCACUGCUACCCUCAGUUGCAUGAUUGGGAUGGCACGCAGCCUGGUUUCCCCUAACAACCAUUACCCAGAGGGCCAUGCACACGUGCUCCCGCUGCUCUUGGGCUCUCUCCCAGGGGUCGACCCCAACGAUUUCAGCAAGUGCAUGAUAACGUUCCAGUUCAUCACCACCUUCACCACACUGGUGCCUUUAGUGGAUUGUUCAUCUGCUCCCUCUCAGCACUUCGAUCUCACCGAGAUUGAAAAGGAUCUGUGCUUUGCUUCAGCUGGAUUUGAAGACUUCGUUCUGCAGUUCCUGGACAGGUGUUUUGCUCUGAUAGACAGCAGUACGCUGGAACAGACGAGAGAUGAGAUGGAGACGGAUACGCAGACUCAUCUGGAGAGCCUGGUGGAGCUGGGACUCUCCUCCACUGUUAGCACCAUCUUAACACAGUGCUCCACAGAAAUAUACAAGGUUGCUUUGCAGAAGCUGUAUAACUUUGCCACCGCCAGCAUCUUUGAGACGUGCGUGUCAGGCAGGAUGGUGGCUGACAUGUGCAGAGCUGCAGCAAAGUGCCACCCUGCUGAGUCUCUUCGUCUGUUCGUCCCUCACUGCUGCAGCGUCAUCUCCCACAUUACUGCCAAUGAGGAGUUGCAGAAUGAAGAGGAAUUGGACAAGGAGUUGUUGUGGAAUCUCCAGCUGCUAUCCGAGGUAACCCGUGUGGAUGGCGAACAGCUGUUAAAAUACCAAGGGGACCUGGAGCAGAUCUUGUGUGUGUGCGUGCGUCUGCGCUGCAAGAGGGCGUACACGCUCGCAUGCAGCCUGCUGGAGCACACACUCCGCUCGCUGUCCCUCAUCUAUCCCACAGAGUACCGCAGCACCUCCGGAGGCUUUGAUAGUGACCUCCCUGUUCGGGACUGGGGCAGAGCUGGAGAUGUGGCAGCCUUGGGUGUAUGUUGGCACGUGCCCAACCAGGAGGAGGAGAAUUUUGUCUUCCAGCUGCUGUCCCGCCUCCUGCACCCCGAACUGCAGCGAAUCAAAGGCCACGUCUCUGGAGAUCAGCCAAUGAGCAGGGAGGAGCUGCUGCAGAGUUUGGCUGUCGUGCAGCACUGCCUUCUUGGAGCUGGAAGCUUGCUGCCCCCUUUGGAUGGACCGCACGUACCUGACCUGGUGCCCUCCAUGGUGAGUCUGGGGGAGAUCAAGCUGCACGUCGGGGUUGAAUAUAAUGAUUCACAGGAGAACUACAGAGAGUGCAUCUGCCAGACCAUGAGACUCCUGCUUCAUCACAUCUUGGAGCACUCGGAGGAUGACAUAAAGUCGCUCUUUGUCAUCAUUAAGAUCAUCAGUGACCUCAUGUUUUUCCGUGGCACUCACAAGAAGGAGUUUGACUCACGCUGGAAAAGCUUCACUCUUGUCAAGAAGUCCAUGGAAAACAGGCUUCAUGGGAAAAAGCAGCACAUUAGAGCGCUGCUCAUUGACCGCGUUUUACUUCAGCAUGAGAUGAGAAAACUGGUGGUUGAGGGCAGCGAAUAUAAAGUAGUUCAUCAGGAGCUGCUCUGUGAUCUGCUGCUGCUUUCUACCAGCACGUACAGCCAGGUACGUAGCAAGGCUCAGAAUGUGCUGAUGGGAGCAAUGGGAACCUAUAGCUUCUCCUACAGAGACAUGAUUCCCCACAUCCUACAACUGCUGUCACCACAACACGCCACAGGCACGCACCAGCAGUUCAAGGGUGCUCUGUAUUGCCUUCUGGCUGCACAUAGUGGUUUUAAUCUGGCCAGUGCAAGAGACUGGGACUGUGUGGGCGCGGUGUGGCCCACUCUGGUUCGUUGUGGCUUGUCCCCCUCGAUGAACCUCGAGAAACCGUCCAUCGGUCGCUUGCUCGAUGAAAUCACUGACAGGAUCCAUCGCCAGCAUGACACCAUCGGGAUCUACUUCACUGUAUCUGAAAUGUGUGUUGAGAUAGCUAAUCAAAUCGUGCUAUCUAAAGGUCACGCUCCUUGUUUAGAGGUGCCAUCUGAAGAGGAAGAGAAGGAGGGGAUUCAGCGUCAACGAAUCAGAAAUGUGGUUUCUGCUCGGAAAUAUGAGAAGCUCGUCAAUGACCUCUUGGACUGCCUUGAAGACAGAGACUUGCCCUGGAAGUUUGAGCACAUGGCCACGGACCUGCUGGCUCUCCUGCUGAGGGACGAUCACCCUCUUCCCCCUGAUGCCGUCCUCUACUUCACGCAGAGUCUCGUGCACGACUCCAUCAGCAUACGCAAGGUUGCCAUCUCAGCCACGGCUGGUGUCCUGAAACAGCUGAAACGACCAAGAAAGAAGGUGGUGCUGAAGCCGUCAGAUAUCAGUGGUAACCAGGAUGUGGAGGGGCUUUGUGUAGGUGAUCGUGAGGGGAAUCGCUGGCUGCAGUACGACAGCAACAACCUACCUCUGACUCAGGAGCAGUGGGAUUCAUUCCAGUAUGUGGAGAAAACACACUGGGGCUACUACUCAUGGCCGAGAGAAAUGAUGAUCUAUGCAUCUUCUGAAAAGCCAGAAGAUGACCUGCCAUACGAGGAGAUGAGUGAGGGGGAAAAGAUCAUCUUUGAAUAUUUCUCGGACCCUGAGUUUAUUGACCAGCUGAUAGAGUACUUGUCUCUGGAGGAACGGAAAGGGAAAGACAGCUUCAAUCCCCGACGCUUCUGUCUCUUCAAGGGGCUGUUUCGUAACUAUGGCGACCUGUUCGUGCCGUUAUUAUGGCCUCACCUGGAGCGGCUUGCAAGUGACCCCCAUGAGAGCUCCCAGCGCUGUGUGUGUGAGAUUACUGCAGGACUAAUCAGAGGCAGCAAACACUGGAGUUUCAGCAAGUUGGACAGGUUAUGGCAGCUUUUGUGCCCUCUGAUUAGGACAGCAUUAACCAACAUCACCGUGGAAACCUUCACAGACUGGGGCACGUGUAUCGCUACAGCUUGUGAGGGCAGAGACCCCAGAAAACUCCACUGGCUGUUUGAGCUGCUGAUGGAGAGUCCUCUCAGCGGAGAGGGAGGCUCAUUCAGGGAUGCCAGUUUGCUGUAUGUGCUUCAGGGAGGUCUGGCCCAGCAGCAGUGGAGAGUUUCUGAACUGCUGCACAGGCUGCUGGCUUAUCUGGAGCCCAAACUUACUCAGGUGUACAAGAAUGUCAGGGAGCGCAUUGGCAGUGUCCUGACCUAUAUUUUCAUGAUAGACGUGGCCCUGCCCCACACCAGCCCCACCUCCUCCCCCCACGUGGCAGAGUUUGUCACUCGGGUCCUAGAGCGACUCAAGCCCCUCACAUCGGAGCCGGAGAUCCACAACCACGUGCGCGAUGAGAACACUCAGGAGACGGACGAACGCACCCAGGCUGUCAAACUGCUCAAGACAGUUCUGAAAUGGCUUAUGGCGAGCGCUGGGCGAACUUUCACCACUCCAGUUCAACAGCAACUACAGCUCCUGCCUCUACUCUUCAAGAUUGCCCCAGUGGAGAUUGAUGAGAGCUAUGAUGAGAUGAAGCAGGAUGCACGCACGUGUCUCUCUCUCAUGUCGCAGGGCCUGCUGUAUCCUGAGCACAUCCCUCUGGUUCUGGCAGGGCUGGAGGAGAUGGCAGGCAGCAGAUCGUGGCACACUCGCUACUCUGUGCUGACCUACCUGCAGAUCAAGGUUUUCUACAACUUGUUUACCGUGCUCAGCUUGCCCACCGAGGUUCUCCGCAUCCGAACGCUGGUGAUGCAGCUGCUGCUCGAUGAACAGCUCGAGGUGAGAGACGUGGCUUGCACCACCCUCAGUGGUUUACUGCAGUGCCAGUUCUUCCCUAUGGACUCCAGUCUGCAGACACAGCUCCAGACGCUGAGUCAGACCUGCCUCCCCAAGGCCAGAGGAGAGCUGGCCUCCACAGACUUAGUGCGCCGCCACGCCGGCGUGCUCGGCUUUAGUGCGUGCAUCCUGUCCAGCCCCUACGACGUUCCAGAGUGGAUGCCUCAGAUACUGAUGGACCUGAGCGACCAUCUCAAUGACCCGCAGCCAAUAGAGAUGACAGUGAAGAAGACCCUGUCGGAGUUUAGGCGCACUCACCACGACAACUGGCAGGAGCAUCGGCAGUGCUUCACCGACGACCAGCUGCUCGUGCUCACAAACCUGCUGGUGUCGCCCUGUUACUACGCCUAGGCAGCCAUCUGCCCUCCCCAUAUCCUCCACAGACUGACUGUCAGCUACCACAGAAAAAUCAUUACACCUUUAAGCACUGCUGGGAACUCCAGUCCUCUGUGCAUCCUGUUACAAUAAUGUCUGAUCAUGCUGGAUAGGAGAGCUCCCUCUGGACCCUCACGUGCCACUGUUGCCCUUUAGUAGCAAAGCAGUCCUGCGCAGUACGGUUUCAGAUUUUUAACUUGCUUGGUGUGUUUAGUUUGUUCACCGAGCAGCACAGCAGCCCCAAAGGUGGCCACUUUAGACACAAGUGUGUAUUCAGUCUCUUGUUGUACUUCUGUUCAAACAGGACUUGUGCUCAGGGAACUAUUGUCAGAUCAUGUUCCUCACCCCUGUAUAUCUCUCUACGGUACACCUUUUAAAGGUCACCAACUAAUAUGUUAUAACUUGGAGAUAUACAUUCAUUUAUUCAACAUGUUUAUCUAGAAUUGAUCUAAGAAUUGGCUGUGACAUUACAAAAACGUGUCAAACUGUUUAUACAAUUAGUAUAUAUGAACAGAUACCAUGUUUAUAAGAUAUUGUACAUAAUUAAAUAUCAAUAUAACAAUAUCUUAUUUAUAUAAAUAAGAAUCAUAAGUAUAUGUACCUUCAGUGGGUGAUAAAAUGUAUACGAUGCUGUUUUAACAGUUGUAAUCCUACCAAAUCGUGUUGUAUUAUACAACAGCUAAGCACUGGGGAUUUAGUUUCCAUCCUUUUUACAGUGAGAUGGAUUUUAGGGAGCGGACACCCAUAUCACAUUCAGUAGCACUAUAUCAUAUCCUGCACAGAGCUCAAACAUAAUGGCUUGGUCUUGCAUGGAUAGUUUUUAGUUUUGUGCCAAUAAAAAAAAUGUAACAUUGUACAGAUGCUGCUACAGCCAAUAAAUACUCGUAAACGGUUUCAACUGUUUUCAUGUUUUAAAAAAGAAACAAAAAAAACAAGAUCAGAUGAAGCUUCCACUCCUUUAUUCUGCAAGUUGAUCUUUGCUGAUGCGGCGCUGCUGAUGUUGACGCAUUCACUGGCACAGAUAGUGAGUGUUGAGUACAGUCGAGAGUAAACAGUACAUUCUGUGAGAAACGGUAAAUAGAGUGGUGUGAUGAUGAUAACCUCUGUCAAUUAGAGGCUUUUCAGAGAACUGUGACCAUCUCCUGAAAACAAGGUGCUUG